GGGGGCGAGCACCUAGUUCCCCCCGCCGUCACCAUGGGGAAGGAGCAGUUCCGCGAGUCCGAUGUGGCCAAGAAAAUAAGCCACAUCUGUUUUGGGAUGAAGUCACCUGAAGAAAUGCGACAACAAGCACACAUCCAGGUAGUGAGUAAGAACUUGUAUAGUCAGGACAACCACCAUUCUCCCUUGCUGCAUGGAGUUCUUGACCAUCGAAUGGGUACCAGUGAAAAGGAUCGUCCUUGUGAGACUUGCGGGAAGAAUCUGGCCGACUGUUUGGGCCACUACGGAUACAUUGACUUGGAGUUGCCUUGUUUCCAUGUGGGAUACUUCAAAGCUGUUAUAGGUGUUUUACAGAUGAUCUGUAAAACCUGUUGUCACAUUAUGCUCUCAUCCGAAGAGAGGAAACAGUUUUUGGAUUACCUGAAAAGGCCCGGUCUAACCUACCUACAGAAACGGGGCUUGAAAAAGAAGGUCUCCGAUAAGUGCAAAAAGAAAAAUACUUGUCAUCACUGCGGAGCUUUCAAUGGAACGGUAAAGAAAUGUGGGCUUUUGAAGAUAAUUCAUGAGAAGUACAAAACCAACAAGAAAGUGGUGGAUCCAGUUGUAUCCAAUUUCCUUCAGUCGUUUGAAACAGCCAUAGAAUAUAACAAAGAGGUGGAGCCACUCCUAGGGAGAGCACAGGAAAAUUUGAACCCCUUGACAGUGCUAAAUUUAUUCAAGCGCAUCCCGGCAGAGGACAUUCCACUUCUCCUAAUGAACCCAGAAGCCGGGAAACCCUCCGACUUGAUCCUGACCCGACUCCUGGUCCCUCCCUUGUGCAUCCGGCCCUCCGUGGUGAGUGAUUUGAAGUCCGGCACUAAUGAAGACGACUUGACAAUGAAACUGACGGAGAUCAUUUUCCUCAACGAUGUGAUCAAAAAGCAUCGGAUAUCGGGUGCCAAAACCCAGAUGAUCAUGGAAGACUGGGACUUCCUGCAGCUUCAGUGUGCCCUCUACAUUAACAGUGAGCUCUCUGGAAUUCCUCUCAACAUGGCACCCAAGAAAUGGACCAGAGGUUUUGUUCAGAGACUGAAGGGAAAACAAGGUCGGUUUAGGGGAAACCUCUCUGGAAAGAGAGUAGAUUUUUCCGGUAGAACGGUAAUCUCGCCCGAUCCCAAUCUCCGCAUAGAUGAAGUAGCUGUUCCGGUUCAUGUGGCUAAAAUACUAACCUUUCCAGAAAAAGUGAACAAAGCUAAUAUCAGUUUUAUGAGGAAGCUUGUACGGAACGGUCCUGAAGUUCAUCCAGGAGCAAAUUUCAUCCAGCAAAGACAUAUGCAAAUGAAAAGGUUUUUGAAGUAUGGAAACCGGGAGAAGAUGGCCCAGGAACUCAAGUAUGGUGACAUUGUAGAAAGACACCUCAUAGAUGGUGAUGUAGUGUUAUUCAACCGACAGCCAUCACUACAUAAAUUGAGCAUCAUGGCUCAUCUAGCCAGAGUCAAGCCCCACCGGACCUUUAGAUUUAACGAAUGUGUCUGCACACCGUACAAUGCAGAUUUUGAUGGUGACGAAAUGAAUCUUCAUUUACCUCAGACGGAAGAGGCGAAGGCCGAAGCGCUCGUCCUGAUGGGGACCAAAGCGAACCUUGUAACGCCAAGAAACGGGGAGCCACUAAUUGCUGCCAUUCAAGACUUUCUGACAGGUGCCUAUCUUCUGACCUUAAAAGAUACUUUCUUUGACCGAGCUAAAACCUGUCAAAUCAUUGCUUCCAUCUUGGUUGGGAAAGAUGAGAAGAUUAAAGUUCGCCUUCCGCCCCCAACAAUCCUAAAGCCUGUCACCCUGUGGACCGGAAAGCAGGUUUUCAGCCUCAUCCUCAGACCAAGCGAUGCCAGUCCUGUGAGGGCCAACCUCCGCACUAAGGGCAAGCAGUACUGUGGCAAAGGGGAGGAUCUCUGUGUCAACGAUUCUUAUGUUACCAUCCAGAAUAGCGAGUUGAUGAGCGGCAGUAUGGACAAAGGAACCUUAGGAUCAGGAUCCAAGAAUAACAUCUUUUACAUUUUACUGCGAGACUGGGGACAGCUCGAAGCUGCUGAUGCAAUGUCCCGGCUGGCCAGACUAGCUCCUGUCUAUCUCUCUAACCGAGGAUUCUCGAUCGGGAUUGGUGAUGUCACACCAGGUCAGGGAUUGCUAAAAGCCAAAUAUGAGCUGCUAAAUGCUGGCUAUAAAAAAUGUGAUGAAUAUAUCGAAGCCUUGAACACUGGAAAGCUGCAGCAGCAACCCGGCUGUACUGCCGAGGAAACGUUAGAGGCUUUAAUCCUGAAGGAGCUGUCUGUAAUCAGGGACCACGCUGGCAGUGCCUGUCUCCGAGAAUUGGAUAAGAGUAACAGUCCCCUUGUCAUGGCUGUUUGUGGCUCCAAAGGUUCCUUCAUCAAUAUAUCCCAGAUGAUUGCCUGUGUUGGGCAGCAGGCUAUCAGUGGGUCACGAGUGCCAGAUGGUUUUGAAAAUCGGUCUUUGCCUCAUUUUGAGAAGCACUCGAAGCUUCCAGCUGCCAAAGGCUUUGUUGCAAAUAGCUUUUAUUCUGGUUUGACUCCAACUGAGUUUUUUUUCCACACAAUGGCUGGACGGGAAGGUCUGGUGGACACUGCUGUAAAGACAGCUGAAACCGGAUACAUGCAGCGAAGGCUUGUAAAAUCUCUUGAAGACCUCUGCUCGCAAUAUGAUUUGACUGUGCGAAGUUCUACUGGAGAUAUUAUCCAGUUUAUUUAUGGAGGAGAUGGUUUAGAUCCCGCUGCCAUGGAGGGGAAGGACGAACCCCUGGAAUUCAAGAGGGUUCUUGACAACAUCAAAGCAGUCUUCCCAUGCCAGAGUGAGCCAGCGCUCAGUAAAAAUGAAUUGGUCCUGACUACUGAAUCGAUCAUGAAGAAGAAUGAAUUCAUCUGCUGCCAGGAUAGCUUCCUUCAGGAAAUUAAAAAAUUUAUCAAAGUCGUUUCUGAAAAAAUAAAAAAAACCAGGGAUAAAUACGGCAUCAAUGACAACGGCACAACAGAGCCACGAGUUUUGUACCAGCUGGACCGGAUUACCCCAACUCAGCUAGAGAAAUUUCUGGAGACUUGUAGGGAUAAGUACAUGAGGGCCCAGAUGGAACCAGGUUCUGCGGUGGGUGCUCUCUGUGCUCAGAGCAUUGGCGAGCCGGGCACACAGAUGACCCUCAAGACGUUCCAUUUUGCAGGCGUGGCCUCCAUGAACAUCACUCUGGGUGUGCCCAGGAUCAAAGAAAUCAUUAACGCAUCCAAAGCCAUCAGCACUCCUAUUAUCACAGCACAACUGGACUCAGAUGACGAUUCCGAUUUUGCCCGUCUUGUGAAAGGUCGCAUUGAGAAAACCCUCUUGGGAGAGAUUUCCGAAUACAUUGAAGAAGUGUUUCUUCCCGAUGAUUGUUUUAUUCUCGUCAAGCUGUCCCUGGAGCGGAUUAGGCUUCUGAGGCUAGAAGUAAACGCUGAGACGGUCCGCUACUCCAUCUGCAUGUCCAAGCUGCGGGUGAAGCCCGGGGAUGUCGCCGUUCACGGGGAGGCCGUGCUCUGUGUCACCCCACGAGAGAACAGCAAGAGCUCCAUGUACUACGUCCUGCAGUUUCUCAAAGAGGACCUGCCGAAAGUGGUGGUGCAGGGCAUCCCUGAGGUGUCGCGAGCGGUCAUUCACAUUGACGAGCAGAGCGGGAAGGAGAAAUACAAGCUUCUGGUGGAAGGGGAUAAUCUGCGGGCGGUCAUGGCCACGCACGGAGUCAAGGGCACUAAAACCACUUCCAAUAACACUUAUGAGGUGGAGAAAACGCUGGGCAUCGAAGCUGCCCGCACAACUAUCAUCAAUGAAAUCCAGUACACAAUGGUCAAUCAUGGCAUGAGCAUCGACAGAAGGCAUGUUAUGCUGCUGUCCGAUCUGAUGACCUAUAAGGGUGAAGUGCUAGGCAUUACUAGGUUCGGCCUGGCCAAAAUGAAGGAAAGCGUAUUGAUGCUGGCAUCCUUUGAAAAGACUGCGGACCAUCUCUUUGAUGCUGCCUACUUUGGGCAGAAGGAUUCAGUGUGUGGUGUUUCUGAGUGCAUAAUCAUGGGCAUCCCGAUGAACAUUGGGACCGGACUCUUCAAGCUGCUCCACAAAGCUGACCGGGAUCCCAACCCUCCCGAGAGGCCCUUGGUCUUCGAUACGAGCGAGUUCCACAUCCCCAUGGUCACGUAGCAUCCACCAGAGGACCGGAAAGACUGCGGACUUAAUCCGGCAUUCUUCUGGCCUCGGGGCCAAACCCAAAUUAGCCAUCCAUGGUUUGCUGCCACCAACUUUGGAAAAUAAAGCGGACUCAGAUGUGGACAAUGGAGAGGAGCACCUGUUCAAGAAUUGAAUUCAGCUCGAAGCUUUUCAGUUCAGAAAGAUGGAAGACUUUCUCACAUUAUCCAUGUUGUCACAGCCAACUGUGGUACUGCCUGAAAGUACAUAGUCUCCUGUUGGAGACCAUUUCUGUGUGAAUAAGUUAAUAACUAUUUCCCAACCUAUCUCUGGCUGGUUCUAAUUUAUUCAUCCUUGUUAGUUCAUUUGUCUAUGUUUGACAUCGUUUUUAUUUUUGCCAUUUUCCAGUUGCAUCAAGCCCACUAUUAUAAUUUCAUCUCGACACCUUAGCACUGUGGCAAGUGGGAAUUAGCCGUCUGCUUUUUGGCUCCAGACAGCAUGUAGCUGUGUACCCAGUCUAAUACAAACAAGGAAGAAGUUCAAGUUUUUUGUUUCACCCUUUGUUGAAAUUUCCCAAUGUGAUGUUCUCAAGUUAAAGAAAAAAAAAACAUUUUUAUUUACUCUUCUUUUUAAGCAGCAAGAACUCUGUAAAAGCCAAUAUUGAAGUUAAUCCGAAAAAACUGGUCAAGCAAAAUCGCCGCAUAGGAUUUGAAUUCAAACCUGGAACUGGGGUGAAACCCAAGGCCUUGCUGAGAUCCGCUCUACCCAGGUCCUGAGAGCAUCCAACUUCCCUGCAUCCAGUCUCCACCUACACUUCUACGAUUCAAGGGUGUUAUUUUUGUUUGCCUCUUUUUUAAAAAAUGGUAUUCAUUAAGCGCUUACUAUGUGUCAAGCACUGUUCUAAGCACCGGGGUCGAUACGAGAUAAUCAGGGUGGAGAUGCAGUCCAUGUCCCACUUGGGGCUCGCAGUCUAAGUGCGGGGGGGACGUUGAAUGUCGACUUUGUUGGCCUCCAGUUCUCCCCAUUCUGGCUAAAAAUAGCUGGGUGGCCCAUCCGGCAGCUGCCCUCCUGGGUUUUUUAGCCUCAGGAGUUCAAAAAAACCUAGACCAGCCGUGGAAUUGGCAAAACUAGAUGGGGCCCCGUCAUUGUCUUCGGAGUAACCGCAACUCAGUCUUCACCUCACUUCAACCACCGGCAACUGCCUGGGUGUUGGAGGCCCUGCAGAGGUUAGUCCCUGAAGAAGGAGGGUUGGGGAGAAAGAGAAACGAAUGAAUCUCAGAAGAAUCACAGAGAAGGGCUGAACCUGAAGAGCUCAUACAGUAGGAGGGUGUAAAUCUACAGUUGAAGCAGGAAGCAUGUGCGUCAGAUCUCUGUAAAGAUUAAGCGGCAGAGGAAGACCUUAUUAAUCUGCAAGGAUUUCUUCGCAGUAGCUCUGUAAUUGCUGUUGGGUUUUCCAAGGCUCUGGAGGAGGUUUUGUGCAAAAUUUGAAAAAAAAAAAAAGUCUAAGUAGCUUGUCUUCAAGGGAAAAAAGAGUGGAUUUUGCCCCAGGAGACAAUGUGCUCUUUGUGCCGAACUGCUCAUUAAGACUGGCAAAGUGCCAGAGGAAGAAAUGAAAAUGGUGAUGGCCAUGGAGUUGCUAACCCCCCUCACCACCACCACCCCCUGAGAACCUUCAAUGCAGCCCAUCCUUUGUGCUUUCCCGAAGGUCAGGUUCUGGGAAAUGGAUGCACAACUUCAGGAAAGAACAAAGUUCCACUUCCCAGGACUCAUCGAGGGCUGUGGUCCUGAGAUGGGACACUGAAAACCAGGGGCAAGGAAAGUGCAUCCCUUUUUAGAAUAAGCGUUGGAUGAGAGGAAAUAAGCCUUAAACAAUUAUAAUUUCUUUCCCUACCUCCCCUCCUCCCACCACCCUCACCUCUUCUUUCCCAGGGUGGUCUUCCGGAAUGAAUUAAUCAGAUUGAUCCAACUGAAUGCCAGAAUAAAGGGACAACUGAACUCAAGGAGUGUGUGCCUAUGUAUCGAUAAGAAACUGAAAAACACAGAAAAAUGCACAAAGAAUUGUGGAUGCUUAAAUUUAUUGGGGCUUUGGGAAAAGGUUAAAAUUCUGAACUUGGAGUAGUCUUAAUUGGGAGGGAGGGGUAACAUAUCGUACAGGCUUUGAUCCUGCCCAAUCCUGCCAUAGCACUUGUUUUCACCAAAAAUUUGACUAGAGUGGGAAUUAAAGAAUCUUACAACACAAACCUGUUUGGAUAUAGCCGGUCUCAGUCUUGGGAGAAACAGAUUGUCCCUCUUGCACACAGCAGUAGAACAGGUGACUACAAGAAGUUAUUUUCUUUAAAAAUUAGUUUUGCACAAACAGCUCGUAACAGAGCUGAUUUUGAAGUUGAAGCUCUUCCGAGGAACUACCGACCCAGAGUUGAAUAGGGAUUCCUCGCAUGAGUCGAAAUUUUGUUUAUAAAGGUCAGAUUAAAGUUUACGUUAAAAAUGA